ACUUUUCGCUCAAUCUUCUCUCUCCCUCUCCCUCUCUCUCUCUCUAAUGUAAAUUGUCUAGAACGGUGCCAUCUUUCUCAAAGACUGAAGCUUUUUCAGCCAUGGCCUCGCUCUCUCUCCCAAGAAACUCGGGCAAGCUCCAUUCUUUCCUCUUCUUUUGUUCCUUCUCGCUCUGUUUGUCUGCGACAGCAACCGACACACUCUUGCCUGGUCAGGACAUCAGUGGCAACAAGACCUUAAUAUCGCCCAACCAAGUGUUCGAGCUCGGAUUCUUCAAGACCGGGGGUUCCUCCUCCGCCAACUACUACCUGGGCAUUUGGUUCCGGGACGACCCGUACCGGAAACCCAUCUGGGCCGCCAACAGAGAGUCCCCGAUUCCGGAUUCCUCGGGUGUUCUCGCCAUCAGGUCCGAUGGGAAUUUGGUGGUCAACGACAGGAGGCAGAUUCCGAUGUUGGUCAAUCCUGAGAGGCUUGCCACUAGUAGCAGCACGCGUUCCAGGCUUCUUGAUACUGGCAAUUUCGUUCUUGUAGAGGGAGAGAGCGAGAGCGUUGUCUGGGAGAGCUUCCUUUAUCCGUGUGACACGUUGUUGCCCGGGAUGAGAAUUGGGUGGUUCAAUCUAGGUACAAACAAGGUGAGGGAUCAAUUCCUGGUCUCGUGGCAGACCCCAUCUGUUCCUUCCACUGGUUCUUUUGUUCUCGGCCUGGAUAAGAACAACCUGACCGAGCUCGGGGUGUGGCACUACCAGGUCUCGCGGGUGAUCGGGUAUUGGGAUGGCCGCAGAUUCAGUUUCCUCUACAACAGCUCGCUUGAUGAAUACAAUUUCAGUUAUGUGACCGGUGGGGAUGAGAGAUAUUUUACUUUCGCUAAUAGGAGGAAUGAUAGCAUCUCCUGGUUUGUGUUGACGCCUUCCGGGGAAAUUCAAGCUUUCACUAUGAUCGGGAAGGAGAUAUCGAUGGUGUAUUCUCCGAUUUGCGAGAAUACUUCCUCUUCCAGUGCGGCUGACUGCUUCAUCGAGCAGCCAUUGUCUUGCCGCGACGGGAAUAACUUUUCUAAGAUAGAAGGGGCGCCGAAUUCAAAUGUGUUCAACGAAUCAGUUCGUUUGGGUAUUAGCGACUGCGAUAUCAUGUGCAGAAGCAAUUGCUCUUGCACUGGUUUCACUUCUUACCGUGAUGACGGGACUGGAUGCAUGUUUUAUUACGAGGACGCUAGCUCUAUCUUAGACAAAAUUGGCGAAGGGAAUGCGACUAUAUUCAUCCGCGGGAACGCUACCAAAACUGCUCACCAGAAUCCUAGGAGAUCAGGUUCUGGGCACAAGAUGCUGCUCUGGGUGAUUGGAAUCAUUGCUGCGGUUAUGUUGGUAAUCUCUGUGGCAAUGUUCAUCUCAAGAAAGAAAUGUUCCACCUGUCUCGUAGCAGCGUGGAAAGAGAAUCGGACCAGCACAAAUCGAAGUUUGGAGCUGUUUCUACGACAACUGGGUUCAGCACGAGGUCCCAGCAACAGCACCAGUAGAGUCGAUUCUGUCAGAAAGAGGGAUCAAGAGCUCCCGAUUCUCAGUUUCUCAUGUGUCACAACAUCUACAAAUAAUUUCUCCCCUGCGAAUGUACUUGGAGAGGGUGGUUUUGGGCCUGUUUACAAGGGCAUGUUGCUGGGGCAUGAAUUUGCAGUAAAAAGACUUUCUAGGAAAUCUGGACAAGGAAUAGAGGAGUUCAAAAAUGAGGUUCAAUUAAUAUCCAGGCUUCAACACAGGAAUCUCGUUAAGUUGUUGGGCUGUUGUGUAGAAAGGGAGGAAAAGAUUUUGAUCUACGAGUACAUGGCAAACAAAAGCUUGGAUUCCUUUCUUUUCGAUCGUAACAAGAAGCAACUGCUGGACUGGAGGAGACGAGUUUCUAUAAUCGAGGGGAUAGCUCAAGGGCUACUUUACUUACACAAGUAUUCUAGGUUAAGGAUCAUACAUCGAGAUUUGAAAACCAGCAACAUAUUGCUAGAUGAUGACAUGAACCCAAAAAUAUCAGAUUUCGGGAUGGCAAGAAUUUUUGGGGAGAACGAAGCGAGGGCAAGGACGAAUAAAGUUGUCGGAACCUACAGCGGCUAUAUGUCUCCAGAGUACGCUGUACAUGGGCUUUUCUCUACGAAGUCUGAUAUAUUCAGCUUUGGUGUCAUCAUGCUCGAAAUCGUCAGUGGCCAAAGAAACACAACUUUCUCCAAUCUGGAUCACUCUCUAAACCUGCUUGGACAUGCUUGGGAGCUCUGGAGUAGCAACCGAGGCAUAGAGUUAAUUGAUCCAGUCGUGGCUGACACAUCGUCGAUUGGCAAACUGUUGCUAUGCCUCCACAUUGCUUUGCUGUGUGUGCAAGAACGCCCAGAAGAUAGACCCUCGACGUCAGAUGUUGUUACCGUAUUAAGCAAUGAAAAUUCGGAUCUGCCCCCACCAAAGAAGCCAGCAUUCUCGGCCCAUAUUGAUUAUUCUAAUUCUCUUCAUCAGCAAGAUCGUUUGACUAACGAUAUAAGCUAUUCUGUCAUAGAAGGUAGAUAGCAACUGUAGCUACCACGUCAACAUGUCCCGCAGCUAUUAUAGUCUAUUCAUUUGUGAAUAUUCAGACAAGAAUUCACAUGUAAAGCGAGAUUAGGUCAUUCAUUUAAAUAUCUCAUCUAAAAUUUUCUGAAGAUUCUUUUAUCUGCCAGAUAGACAGGAUCCUGAUUAUUUUGCACAGUGAUCCUGAAUUUCUUUAGCUUCUUCUCAGCCUCAUA